AUGACGUAUACUGACUAUAUCUUGUGCCUCUAUUUACAUAUGAAAGUAUCGGAGAGGACAUCGAUAAGGGCUGCAUCUAAGGAGGUUUCUCAUGAAGUGAAAACUCUGAUGGAUACGGAGGCUAUAGAUUCAUUCAAGCAAACACAACACCUGCUAUUAGGAAGGUUGCAAGAUAGCAAUGCAGUGCUUUCACAUUUUAUCAAUGAAUACUUAGACAAUUGCUAAGCAGAUGUCAUGACUGAGUUUUCAAAAAAUACACGUCUUUUGAAAUCAAUGAAGAGUGACCUUGACUACAUAUUUCUCAAGUUGAGAAACAUCAAGUCCAAGAUUUUCGCCACUUAUCCUGAUGCGUUUCCAAAUGAAUCCUUGGAAGUUGUUGACACCAGACCAGACCUUGAGGUACCUGUGUGUGAUAUGAGUUCGCAAGAUCAUGCAAGUCCGACAGAAUCCCAUCAACCACCAUCUGUAUAAUAAUACAUCUUUCUGAACAUCAGUUCGAGUUUGUACUUUUAAACCUUGUUG